AUGAUGACCAAAACUGAUAUCCCCGAGAGAGAGGCAAGUAUAAGAGACAAGAUAGUUGGGAUUCUACACUGCGACAUUAGGGACAAGAACCCCUUUUCAACCAACUUCCUUCCGAAGGUCGACAUCAUCACAUCAUCCCUGUGUCUGGAAGCAGUUGCCACGGAUCUGGCCUCCUAUGAAGAAUGUGCCGGGAAUAUGGUCGGGAUGCUGAAUCCUUGUGGUCACUUGGUCAUCUUUGGAUGUUUGGGAGGAACUAUCUACACAGUGGGGUCAAAGCGGUUCAGCAGUUUUGGGAUGUCGAAAGAUGAUUUGAUGUCCACAUGGAAGAAGGUUGGUAUUGAGAUCAUGUCCUGGAACGAGUGUUCGCAACCCAAGCAGGAUUAUAAUGACAUUGAUGUCUUCUUCGGCAUGGUUGGGAGGAAGAUGCCAAACACUGGGAUCAACGUGUGA